GGCAUUCUUGCAAGUAAAUGAAAAAUGGUAGAUGUUAAAACGAGGACUUUGCAACUUUAUGUGCUUAUAUUUCUCCAUGAAUCCGCAUCGUCAGAUGUGCACAUCUAUGUCAGUCCUCACGGAUCAGAUCAAAGUCAUGGACAGUCGACAAGUACUGCAAUUAAAACUCUCAAGCGUGCUAUGGACCUAGCAAAUCAAACAUCAAAUCGCAGUUCAGUCGUUUAUAUCGAGUUGAUGCAAGGAUACCACGAUCUUGACCAUACGCUGGUUGUUUCGAGGGACAAACUUGUGAUCAGAGCAUACAAUGACCAGGAAGUGCAUGUGACUGGAGGUCAACGGGUCCCAAAUGCUUUAUUCAAAACAGUAACAGAUCAUGCCGUUCUGUCAAGACUUCCGGUAAAAUCGCAUGCUAACGUUCGUGUCGCACAUCUUCCGGAUAUUGGUAUAUCUGACUAUGGGAAAAUGAGUACAAGAGGUGGAUGGUCACGUGCUGCAAUGCCCAUGGAAGUUUCCUACAAUGGAGAAAUUCUACAUAUUGCUCAAUGGCCUGACGAGGGAUUUAUCAAUAUUGUGAAUGUUCCUGACGGUAAAGAUGGGCUGCGAUUUCGAUACAAUUCAUCAAUACCACAAUCCUGGCACAAUGAAACCGAUCCUUGGGUUUAUGGAUACUGGAAAACCACAGUGAUACACGGUCCCACACACUACAUUAUGUAUACUCAUAUACAGCCUUCAAAUGUAAUGCUUUUCUUUCGAAAAUUAUGUAGGUUUUGGAGUUGGUCGGACAGUUUAGCAAAAGUUAAGUCUUUGAAUACUACAAGUCAAACAGUUACACUGGCUGAAAGGAUUAGUUAUGGUCUCAAAAUAGGUCACUGGAAUGAUUUGCAUGCAGACCAAGGUGGUUACUUUAGGUUCCUCAACAUAUUUUCUGCUUUGGAUCAGCCGGGAGAAUAUUACAUAGACAGAGAUCAUGGAAACCUCUAUGUUUGGUUGCCAAACGAUGAUGGGAACGCCAAAGUGUCAGAUGUUAUAUAUGUGUCAAUGAUUGACACUUGUAUACAGAUAAAUCGAGGCGUACGACAAGUAAUCUUUGAAGGUUUCACGUUGGAAGCAUGUAGAGGCUAUGGAAUCUUUGGAACAAACGUACACAAUAUCCAGUUAACAAAAUUGGAAAUAAGGAAUACUGGCUCCGCAACUGUGACGUUAUCUGGUGACUCCCGUGACUGCUCUGUUAGUCGGUGCCUCAUACAUGAUACCAAUGGUGGAGUGUUUAUAAGCGGCGGAAGUCGAAAGACCCUACAGUCUUCAGGAAACACCAUAGAAAACAAUGAAAUAUUCCGGUAUGCCCGUGUUGGGGCCCAGGGCAAUCACGGCGUUAGUGUUAAUGGCGUUGGUCAUGUGGUUCGGUAUAACCACAUUUACUUUGGGCAGUAUACUGCAGUGAUGUACCACGGCAAUGAUAUCGUGAUGGAGUAUAACCUGUUACACCAUAACUGUGCCAACGCUUCUGAUUGUGGAGCUUUCCAUACCGGCCGCGACUGGACUACUCGAGGCAACAUUAUACGUUAUAACAUUGUCCACCAUACUUUGAGGCUGGUUCCUGGAGCAGAUGCGCGCGGAGUAAUGUUGGAUGACCAGUCUUCAAGCACCAGUAUAACAAACAAUGUGUUUUAUGACAAUAACGUACACGCUAACAUCGGAGGCGGACGUUAUAACGUGAUAGCCAACAAUGUGAUGUACAACGCAACAAGAUACAGUAUACAAGUAGAUAGCAGAGGGACAUCCCAUCACAAUGACAAAACACUCAUCGCGAGGCUUCAUGCUGUGCCUUACAAUAGCUCUUUGUGGACGUUACGCUAUCCAGAACUGAAAUAUCUUACACUACCAAAUGCCAGUCUGCCAGAAGGAAAUCAAAUCGUAAAGAAUUUGGUGUUCAACACUCCACACAAAGAAUACAUACAUAUAAGCCAGAAUUUCAACAAGCCCAGGUUCUUUAAUAUCUCGGAAACAGGAUAUUCUCUAGGCAUGACUGAUCACUAUAAUAUUGCGAAUGGUGACUACAGGCUGAAGUGUUAUGCAGCCGAGUGGGCUAAUAAUGUCAAUUUCAAACAAGUUCCUUCGCCGAACGAUGUCGGUCCAAGAGCUGCAGUCGGACCAAUUUACCUCCAUAGAGGUCCGUCACACUUAGUUAACCUUAAAGAUUCGUCUGCUGCAUGUACUACACAUGCUCCAGUAACAGAUACACCAGUUUCAGCUUAUCUGCCAGAUGGUUCACGUAAAAACGAUAUUUAUAAUGUAUCAAACGAAGGCUGUUGGUUAAGUGUAUCUGGCUGCAAGGAUCAUCCAAAUACUGGAACAUACAGAGAUACAUAUGGUGAACAACAUGAACAUGCUGCCGACAACGAAACAAUGUGCUUUCGUCGAGCUGUAGCGCAGUGGCAUUAUUGUGGAUCCCAUAAAGAUGAACAAGUAGCAGCAAUAUAUGGACCUUCAGGGGCAACAAGACUUGCGGGAGAUGGCUGUUUUAUGGCAUUAUAUGGUUGUCCAAAACAUGGUGGACCAGCAGAUGGAUAUGUACUUCACACUGGGAAAAUAACCAGGGAUUCUUGGGCGGAAGAGCAUCAGAAUGCAGCACAUGAUGAGGAGAAAUGUUUAUCCCGAGCAGUCGCCCAGUGGAGGUAUUGUGGAUCUCACAGGAACCAUCCAAUCACUUCUAUAUACAGACCUACAGGUGCAAUUCGUACAGCUGGUGCCGGAUGUUGGAUUCAUGUUCAGUAUUGUCCUAAAGUGCCAGACACAAAAUCAAUGUUUUACGAUGCCUGGGGUGCUGCAAAUUACCGUACAGACGAUGUGGAAUACACUUGCUUCCACCAAGCAGAAUAUUAUUGGACAAAAUGUGGAUCUGAUGUCAGAUAUCCAGUAACUGCCUUUUAUCGACCUUCAGCAGCAAGCAAAACCUUCCCAUAAAAUUCUGUGUAAUGUUUGUUAAUUGAAAGUAAUACAAACGUAAACGCUGA